UGAGCAGAUAUUACCCGACUAAACAAACCGCUUACACUAAACGGUGGCUUUCACUUUCAAACGAGUGAUAGGUGAAGAAUAUAAUUCCAUUUGAUUUCUAUUUCAGGUUUUAGCCCGUUUUGCGAAAUUAACCCAUCGUAAAGAUAUUUGAAUCGGCUUUCAGUAACGGCAAAUUUAAAGUACGUCAUUAAUAUGGCGCCAAAAGAGUUUAAAGUAUGAGCUUAUUUUGUUGUGAGGUUGCAGAACCCUCGCACAAGAGGGAGAACAUGAGCGGGCAAGAGGGGAAGCGAAUGGGCAGGCGAUGUUUUUUCGGCAGAACGUCUCGAAACUAGCUUGCAACAUUUCAUUCCCUGAAAAUGAAGCAUAUUCUUUUCCUACUGGAUCUGAAAACACACUCACGUGACAAAUCGGGAUCUGGGGGAUAUCACAUUGGACUAUUUUCAAAUGCGACAUGGCUUUGAAAAUUAUAUUUGUUAGCUUACCGUGCUGUACCCGGCAUAGCUUUAGCUUACAUUAGAACUGACUUGCUGGCUGCAGCUCGAGGCUAUCUUGCAAGCCGUUAGACAAUUUGGAUUUACGGAUGAUACUCCUAAAGUCUGCUAAAGGUAGCUAACAGUUAGCUACAUUAACUGUAUUUAGCUGAGAACUGCGAAGGCGGCCAUCGCAGUUUUGUUGAAUAAUGUUAUGCUGCCGGAUAGACUUUAUAAUGGAUUAAAUUUGUAAAUUGCUACUUUUUAUUUUGACUCUCUUGGGAGAGCAUCUGAUCGACGUGCUGUCACCACAGCCUCGCAGGCACGUCCUGUCACCAACGUGGAUAGUCGGUGGGCUAACGUUAACUAGCUAACUAGCUAGGGUAGUUGCACUGGAAAUUGACCACCGUGAAAUUCACUGUCACUACAUGUGGUUAACUUCAAAUGAUUUCGUGAUUUCUCAUCGUCCAGAGUCGAGGACGUUUUCGCCAUCGGAAGCUGACUGCAAUCAAGGUAAAAAGAUGGAGAGUGAGAAGAAGAGAAGAAAAUACUCCACCAGCAGCAAUGACUCGGACACCACUGACAGUCAAGUGACCUCCUGGUCCAGGUCCUCCAAGAACACCGGGACCAGCAGCACCUGGGUCAGACAGGAGCACAAGAAACCGUCUGAGGUGUUCCGGACGGACUUCAUCACGGCCAUGAAGCUGCCAGACUCGGCCCAGCUGGGCCCUGAUGACUUCUACGUGCUGUCUGACCCCUGGAGACAGGAGUGGGAGAAGGGGGUCCAGGUCCCCGCCAGCGUAGACGCCAUCCCAGAACCUGUCGUCAGGAUGCUACCGGAGGUGGGGCGUAUCCCGUUCUACUGGCCUGUGCAGGGCCAAGGCCGGGGGUGUGUGCUGGGCCUGGGGCUGAGCCAGAGGGACAUGAAGACCACCGAUGAGCCCCACAGUCGCUAUGACCUGGAUGACAUGGACGUGUCCUGGCUGGAGCUGGUCAACCAGGAGUUCAGGGAACUAGCGCUCCCGGAGCUGGACGAGCUGACCAUGGAGCGUGUGCUGGUGGAGCUGGAGAGCCAGUGUGAGGAGAACAUGCAGCAGGCCAUAGAGACGGAGGAGGGCCUGGGCAUCGAGUACGACGAGGACGUGGUGUGCGACGUGUGCCGGUCCCCCGAGGGAGAAGACGGCAACGAGAUGGUCUUCUGUGACAAGUGCAACAUCUGCGUACAUCAGGCGUGUUAUGGGAUCCUGAAGGUCCCACAGGGGAACUGGCUGUGCCGAACCUGCGCCCUGGGGGUGCAACCCAAAUGUCUGCUGUGCCCCAAGAGAGGCGGAGCCCUGAAGCCCACCCGCAGUGGAACCAAGUGGGUCCACGUCAGCUGUGCCUUAUGGAUCCCCGAGGUGAGUAUAGGCUGCCCGGAGAAGAUGGAGCCCAUUACCAAGGUGUCCCACAUCCCCUCCAGCCGCUGGGCCCUGUUCUGCAGCCUGUGUCGAGAACACACAGGCACCUGCAUACAGUGCUCCAUGCCGUCCUGCAUUGUGGCCUUCCACGUGACUUGCGCCUUUGACCAUGGCCUUGAGAUGCGCACCAUCCUGGCGGAGAACGAUGAAGUGCGCUUCAAAUCCUACUGCCUGGAGCACAGCAGCACUACCGCCUCCGGCAACAGUAACAACGCCAUGGCCGGCAACAGUAACCACACCAACAACGCUGGUGCCAGCAGCAAACCAGACUGGGCUGGACACGGCAACGACCACAGAGCCUCCGUAACUGCGCCGGACCACCACCAAGCGACCAGCGAGCUGCCGCCGUCAGAGCGGCCGCUGCCGCCUGUGGAGCGUCCAGACCGGGACCAGAUAGAGCGGGAGAAGGCCAGCCAGCGCAAACAGAAGCUACAGGAGCUGGAGGACGAGUUCUACCGCCUGGUGGACCCCAAAGACGUGGCGGAGAGCCUGGGCCUGCCGGACGCCCACGUGGACUUCCUGUACCAGUUCUGGAAGCUGAGGAGGAAGUCCAACUUCAACCGUCCUCUGGUGACGUUGAAGAGAGACGAGGUAGAUAACCUGGCGCAGCAGGAGCAGGACGUGCUGUACCGACGCCUCAAACUGUUCACACACCUACGCCAGGACCUAGAGAGGGUGAGGAACCUGUGCUACAUGGUCACGCGGCGGGAGAAGAUGAAGAGUUCCCUGUGUGACCUCCAGGAGAAGAUUUUCCACCUGCAGAUCCAGCUGCUGGAGGAGGACCUAGCUGGAGAGAAAACCAUGAAGGGCCAUAAGGGAAGACAGAACGGGGUGAAGGAGAAGGGGAAGGAGCGGCGGAAAAGCAGUCCGGAGAAGAAGAAAGAGAGGUGGAAGUCUGACAACGGCUCCCUCCUCAAACAGCUAGGUUUCCCCAAGACCUUCCCUCUGGACAACUCGCUGUUUGACAGCUGGCUGGCCCAGUCGGUGCAGAUCACGGCUGACGACAUGCUGAGCCAGUGGGCCCUGGACGCCGGGCAGCACCGUGACAAGACGGCCAGCCUGCUGUCUGACCAGCUGCUGCAGGGAGAGGAGAGCCUGCUCAGCCUUAUGAUGGACCACUCCAUGAAGUCCACCUGGAAAACCCCUCAGCUGGGCCGCAAGACCCGGGGCAAGCCCAGAGCCCGGGCCCAACACUCCACCGCCGUAGCAACCACCCCGCCUUCUGCCACCGCUGUCAGCCCCGCUGCUGCUGCCACCGCCUCCUCCACAGCCACAGCCAAGGGGACUCUGCUGGCAGAUGACAGGCCAGGCCACGGGGCCCGUAGAGGGGAGAGGUCCCGGGGCUCCAAGGCCCUCCACCACCAUCACCACCACCCCCAGACCAGGAGCACUGAGGCACCGCUGGACCCGCCGCCGCAGCCGCCCACCUCCAAAAUGGACUCCUGUCACAUCUCGGAGGAGCGCGGCCCCUGGGACAGCCUCACUGGUACAGGGGCAGCGUCCGCCCCCACGCCGCCCCCUCUGGCCUCCUGCUCCCCCCCACAACCCUGCAUUAGUCCCGGGACAGUGCCUGAGGGGAGGUCAGGGGGGGGUCCCGGUCACCGCACGGCCCUGCGCCUCCGCCUGCCCCGGCAGGGUAAGUCCCGGGGGAAGGGUGGGGGUGGAGGGGGGAAAGAGGUGGUGGAGCGCCCCCUGAAUAGGGAGAGAGAGAGGGACCCCCACCCAGUGAAGGAGACGUCAUCGUCGUCGCUGCUGGACCCCGAGACGGACGGCUACUUCUCUGACGCCGAGCAGAGCGACUCGGACACGCGCUCCAGCGGCCGCAAGCUCCGCCUGGCCCAGUUGCAUUCUGGGAGCGAGGACCUGCUGAGGAGGAGCGUGCUAGCGUUGUAGGAAAAAAACUGAGACGCUCACACACACCAUCGUCCAGAAGACACACUGAUUUCUCAGAUUGACCGGAGCUCCAUCCCAGCUCCCGCUACCAUGGCUACUGUCUGUCUGUCCGUCUGUGCUUUUGAUAUUAUACAUGCCGUUCUUUUCACUCUAGAUCGCUUUAAUGAACCAAAUCUCUGUACUUCACUAGUCCUAAAUCAGUCUCUCUGCUCUGUCCUGGGGAUUUGAACGUAGCUGUUAGUCAGAUAGCUACAUACACAACGAGACCCUAGAUGUUAGUAGUGCUUGUUAAAGUAACAAAUGCUGUAUGAUGACGUAAGAAGACAAAGAGGAAAUGGAUUUUGGACAAUGUUACAUUUUAGGUUUUAUUUUGAAGUAUAACAUGGCGGUGAACCAUGCCAUCAACCCUUCCUAGUGGUGUGGUCAGUGGUGACUAGCCGCUAGCAUUGGGGUGAAUACUUUGUGGGCAUUAUAAGCUGGUUCAGACGAAUCUCUUCCUUUCUCUUGGAGUAAGAUGGAAUCCCGCGAGGCGAUUCCUGGGAUCUGAUGUUUUUAAAAAGCCUUUCAGUUCAGCAUCAUUCUGAGAAAUGUGCAGAAAAUAUCAAACAAAUAUUAGACUUUUAAAAGCACAAAUAGCUAACAGGAACUGUAACACAAACAUUGCGGCAUAAACAGACACACUCUUUCAGAAAUGCGCACCAGACACAUUACACAAACAUUACACACACACACACACACACACACACAUACUCUAAACGACUCUGUUUGGAUCCAGCCGUUGUAGAAACAUACUGGUUGAUAAUUACGUCAGCUCUUCACUGACUCCUCCUCAUCUUCCGUUUGGGCCUGAAUCAUUGGAGAAACAGUAUUUUAUCGUGUGCCUUCUGUCGCUCCCCCAAAAAUAAGUUUAUCAAUCACUUCUAUAAUCAGAUUUGUUACAAUCAAAAAAAGGAAAAUCUGUUGUGUUGGCCAUCAAGCGUACUGAAACAGAGGGCUUCUCGGACCUUAAUUGUAGUGCCUAAAAGAAAAUAUGUAAAUGCAGCUUUUGCCAUUAAUCAACCCAACCGCAUGCAAAGCCACACCGUUCUACCAUAUUUGUGCAAAGUGCUGCCCCAACAAAGCAACUUCUGGAGUCAUUGUUGCUCCAGUCAGACGAAUCGUAUAGUCAGCUACAGCACAGAGUUCUGGAUUCUGACUACUUUUUUGAGUUCUUUGUAAAUUUGUUGGGUUUUUUUUCGUCUCAGAGAGUUGUAUUUUGUACUAAAAGCGGUCCACAGUAUUUUCUCAGGGUUUAAAAAAAAUAAAAAAUAAAAAAAAUAAUAAUUGAAGGCGACGAAGAAGGGUUGAAAAUGUAUUGAAAUCAAAGUUCAUCCGUAAAUAUAUAAUACCAUAUACAGGCCUUUUCUACAUAUGAUAGGUAUGUAUAGAAAAGGUUCCUUUGGCAAUGCUCACUGUUUAAACUCUGACUACUACUGUGCUGAGAGCUUUUCACAUGUCUCAGUCAGUACACUACUACUACUACCCACCUGGCUGUCUCCUGAGUUGAUAAUGCCAAAGAACAGUGUGUAUAACAGACAGGGCACCAUGCACUUACUCUGUCUGCGUCCCAAAAUGGCACCCUAUUCCCUGCUUAGUGCAUAAGGUGACAUUUGUGACGCAGCCUCACAUGGGAGUUGUGCAUUGCUCAGGCCUGCGCUGGCAUGGUGUGACUCGGCCUUUUUAAAGAGGGGGGCGUCCUGACACCCACCACCACUAUUCCACCUUGGACUCUCCCAUUCCCUGCUCCCACAGGUGUGUUACUUACUGGCCCUCUGUGCCACUGACCUACUCUGGAUGGAGUGGCCUACGUCCCCCUCCCCCCAACCUGGAGAGAGUUGAAUGCUGCUGAACCGUGUGUGGAUGGGCGGCUGAUGGCUGAGCCCGCUGACAACCCCCAGCGCUGGUAUAACAGGGUCGUAAUGUAGAAGAUGACUCGUUUUUUAAUGUUUGUUUUCCUGUCCCAGAGGGGACACAAGGAUUCAGGAUGAAACUUCCUAAAGCAGCGUAUUGGUCAGGUGACACUGUCUGUCUACAGCCAGUCUGGCUCCUUCCUUUCCAUCCACCGUAACCCUUGGAGGCAGACCAUUACAACCAUAGAAACAGAAUGAGUAGCACAUUCUAUUCAUUCGUAUUCUACAGUUACAACAUAAUACCAUAAGAACAACAAUGCUCAUCGGUUGUCUGCAGAUAGGUCGUCGGGGUGGGUGAGUGGGGUUAGCACUGUAGUAAACCCACAGAAUCCACCCCCACCACCUAACCGUUUACGUGUUGCUAAGACAAUGAAAUGUAAACUUGGUUUCAAUAUUCAAUAUAUACACAGAUUUAGACUAGGCUGUGUUUUAGAUGGGACCCUUCAUGUACGGCCCCCAACGUAGUAGAAAACAGGUUGUUAUUAUUCUUAUUAUUGGAGAGGGGCGUCUACGCCCUCUUCCUCCGCUUCUUUUCAGAAACAGUAGGCUGGAGUUUUAGUGAGGUGGUGAGGCGUUUCGGUCCAGCAGGCAGCAGGUGACAGCACUUUUCAUGCAGACUAUAGAUGAAUGAAUGGAUGGUAUUAUCCCACAUUAUCCUACAGAGUAUGGAUGGAUGGUAUUAUCCUACAGAGUAUGGAUGGAUGGUAUUAUUAUUAUCCUCCUCAAGCAGGGUUUCUUUGCCCCAUUCCUGACGACCCACCUGGUUUGCAUGUUUUAUUCCAGCCCUACACUAACGCACCGUAUUCUGCUAAUCAAAUUGAUGAUCAGUUGAGUAGGGUGUGUUAGUGCUGGGCUGGAACAAAACGUGCAUUCCCGACAGUGGCUCCCCUGGAAUUGGGUUGAGAAAUGCUGCUUUGCCGUUGCUGUGGAUGAAUGUCCUAGUGCUGUCUCCGUACCACCCAGCUGCUGCUGCCGCUGCUGUUGUUGUCUGUAGCGUGACAAAAGCCGUCUGCACACUAACAGAACACAACGACAACAUCAUUGAAAAGGAUCUCCUCUUCUGUGUUAGUUGCUUUAUCCCUUAGGGAACUGGUUCAAGUAGUUUGACUGCCGUUUACUUAUCUGUUUUUAUUUUUAUGCACCAACAAUAAUGUAGAAUACUGUACUAGAAACCCUUUUUGUUUCUGUGUUAAAAGCCUUCGCAAGCUGUUUUUGUAACGCUUCAGCCGCGGCUCAUAUAACUAGAAUGCUGACUCAUAAUCAGACCGACUGCUUCCUUACUAGCGCUUCUCCGACCGUCGACUGACUGCUUCCACACUGGGAAGUAUGGUUCCAAUCCAACACCCGCCCCGCAGACCAGUGCUCUGUCUCACUUCCCUCCCCUUCUUCAGUGUUCCCGACGGCCCGCCUCAGCUCCUUCAGAGUUUUGAAGCACGGGCGGGUCAAAGGAAGAAGCUUUAAGGACAAAUAAUGACGUGCAUGUGUUGUGUAAUGGAGGGAGCGUUUGUCACUGCUGCCGCUCUGGGCAGAAGAGCGAAAGAUUGAGAGGGAGAGAGGGAAACACUGGUGGAGGGAGAUAAGUGAGAGAGAGAAACAAUGGUGGAGGGAGGGAGAGUGAGAGAGAGAAACACUGGUGGAGGGAGGGAGAGUGAGAGAGAGAAACACUGGUGGAGGGAGGGAGAGUGAGAGAGAGAGAGGACAGUUUGUUCUUUCCUCUUAGUGUUUGCACCCUGUCCACAGUGAACUUAACAGACAGGGAAUCUAAACAACACCCCUCCCUCUCUCUCUGUCCCUCCCUCUGUGUGGCUCACAAAACGUAAAGUGCAAACACUUCUCUGUUUUCACUGGAGCUAGGAUUAUUUACUUUCUCUGGUUUUGUUUUAUAUGCAGAACCAGAGAGAAAUUGAUUUGAAAGGUGGGAACUGCAUAGCCAGUAGUGAGUGUGCGUUUGUUUUAGUGUCUGUCCGAGUCAAUGCUUGUGUGUGCGUGCAUGUUUGUCUGUGUCUGUCGAGUCACGAGUGUGUAUCUGUGUGUGCAAGCAUUUGUGUGUGUGUGUGUGUGUGUGUGUUUCUGGGCUAAUUGAAGUUAAAAUGGUCAGGCCGGCUCCCCAGUGGGCUGAUCAGCGUGCAGCUGAAGCCUGGGAGAGACCUUUUGUUCUCUCACUUCCUCCAAGGAGAACACUCACAGAAACUAACCGCUGCUCUCUGGCAACACAGCGUGUGCAUCUCAAAUGGCAUCCUAUUCCCUAUUAUAGUACCUACGGCCCUGGUCAAAGGUAGUGCACUAUGAAGGAAAAAGGGUGCCAUUUAGGAUGUAGUCAAGCUAUUUGUGACCAGCAGGGUCACAGAAUGUGUUCCUCUCAUUAAAUUCAAUAGCAUUUCAAAAUGUUCAAGUUCCACAGUUCAAACAACUUGCUCCCAUGUUUGUUUGCGACUUUCGUUCCGUGACUUGUAUGAAUACACGUAUGAAUCCAUUUCCAGGAGAGAAGGUUUAUCCAUAACCAUAGCUGCUCCUCCUAAGGUCGGGCUAAUUUACCGGUUGUGUCUCUGCAACAGAGCCAAGCUCUGAUACUUAGCAGGUUUUGUUUUUUGUAGUUGAUCUGGCAUCACUUUGCUGCCUCCAAAUUCAGGCUACAUCACAAACAGCGCCCACUUCCCUAUAUAGUGCACUACUUUUGACCAGGGCCCCAUAGGGCUGUGGUCAAAAGUAGUGCACUAUGUAGGAAACGGGGUGCCCUUUUCUGACGUUGACUUACACCGGCACUAAUUGGUCUUUUGACCAAUCACAUCAGAUCUUUUUUCAGAGCUGGUCUGAUUGGUCAAAAGACCAAUUAGUGGGGGGGAAAUAUCAGAAUCGGGCUGCCUGUAAACACAGCCAAUAUGCCUGUCCUGUAUCUCCUAAUGGUCACAUGCGUCAUUUUGAUAGGAGUACGUGAUCUCUCCGAUCAAAGCAGACUCUGACAUGGUUCCUCCUCCCUCCACCACGUGGCUGUCUUAUUUGUCCUUAAAAGGCGCUGAAAUCUCUGCUGCCGUAUCCUAUCAAAUUCCACACCCAAUUAGGCUCGAUCUGCAUCAGUUCUACAAUACGAUAAUAUGAAUGUUGCAGGAGUUUAUCCUGUAUUCUUUGUUUCAAAGAAUGUUGUGCCAUUUGUUAAUAGCAAAGAGAAAUAUUGAACAUAUAUUAAAAAGAAGAGCUAUUUUAAAUUAUUUUUUGGCUUUUUUUGCAAUAUUUAUUUUCUUGUAUUAGAGUCUUUGUAGGAGGAAAAACAAAAAAUGUAUUUUUCAUUAGUGCAAAAAACUAUUUUUUCCUUUUUGUACACUUUCAAUGUUAAGCAAAACGUUAAAAAGCAAUAUUAUGAUGUUCCAUGUGACUGUAUCUGCAUGCUGUUUGUGUUGCCUUAAAGACGGCUGCUGCGUCCACUAUGACCCCCUCCUCCCCACCUGCCCCCCCCCCCCUCCUCCCCCCGGCACUAUGGUGUGGUUGACCAGUGUAGUCAAUAAAGCAGUGCUUUCUGUGUACCCAUGCUCUGGACUGUCUCUCUGUUCAGUUCACCAUCCCAGGAGCUCAUUUUUAAGGGGCAAUCUGGGAUUCAAAUAACAACAAAGAUAAACAGUUGAGGGAUGGGGUACGAUAGUUAAACUAAGCACAUUUCUAAGUGAUAUUCUUAAAGAAUCAAUGGCUGCAUAUCAUUGAAUUAAACGUUUUUUUAAAUUAUGUACUAAUACCUGAUUGCCCCUUUUUAAAGCGCUGUUCAAGGGUUGAUUGAUUCAGUCACACUGUGUUGAAUCAAUCUGGGUCUCUACAGACGGACCCAGAGGUAACUAGGCUAGAUACUCCAUUUUACAUGUACUGUAGGUUGAGAGAUAAAGGGACAGUAAAAGGUGACGCUUGUGCCAUCGAACCAUUGAAAGUUAUCCAGAAGGCCGCCGCCCGCCUGGAUUUCAACCUCCCCAAUUUCUCCCAUGUCACCCCGCUCUUCCGCCUACUCCACUAGCUUCCAGUUGAAGCUUGCAUCCCCUGGUGUUUGCCUACAGACCUGCAAGGGGAAUGCCCCUCCCUACCUUCAGGCUCUGCUCAAACCUUACACCCCAAUCCGGGCACAAACCACACAACUCUGGUUUCUUGGCCCUUCAACCUCUACAGGGGUCACCUCCCGCUAUGCCCAGUUAAAGCGUUUCUCUGUCCUGGCUGCCCCCCCCCCCCUCCCCCAAUGGUGGAACAAGCUUCCCCUUAACGUCAGGACAGCUGAGUCCCUGCCAAUCUUCCUAAAACUUCUGAAACCCUACCUCUUCAAAAAAUUCUCUUAAACCCCAAGUCACCCCUGCCACCUUCACCUAGCUAUCUUAAGAGGAAUGUACUAAUUGUAAAACGCUCUAUUAUAUAUGAAACAUCCCAAGUUGUAGGCCUACUAAAUGUUGACAAGCAUAUGUGUAAGAAUAGCUGAAGGUGAUGAAUAAGUUGCUGUUAACACAUUCAUCUUCAGGUGAACAAAACCAUAGUUUAUACAGCUAGUUCCUCUCAGUGCUUGAUAGCUCAUACUGUAGCUUGCUAUAUAUACCAUGUGCCUAUGUCAACCGUUUAACAUUUCCAAGUAACAUCAAAAACAUGCUGUACUUUAAAGACUUGACGAAGCAGAGAGAAUCUUUUAUAACAAAAUGUUAAUGGACUUCUGCCAUGUUCCUGUCAAAUUUACACCACAUUUAGACACUUUUACAACAAAUUUCCCAGGACAUCCAGCAAGCAGAAUAACUGGGUAGGAAACAUUUUCAUCCCAAAUGGCACCCUAUUCCCUUUGCCCUACUUUUGACCAGACCUUUAUGUGCCACUGCACUAUAUAGGGAAUAGGGUGCCAUUUGGGACGGACCCAAAGGGUAGUUUAUACAAAUCAUCCUUAAAGUAUCUGAAAUUGAAUAAACAGAGUUUUCAAAAAAAAAAGUAUCUGAAAUUGUCUGUUCCCCUCCUCAAAGGCCAAAUGUUAAGAGCGUGACCUUCAGUGUUCUCUGGGAAGAAUUAGGGUCUCCCGCUGCUCUUAAAGAAACACGCGUUGACUUUGUGGACGACUUGUUUAAAGAGUCCUACCCACCAGCCCGCAGGAAAUGAAAGAUAGUUUAUUGUUGUUCAUGGCUUGGGUCCAAGGCACUUUGCUGUAAGUGACGUACUGUAUUACUUCCCUAGUAAAUACCCACCAUGACAGAAGAAGUGCUGUCGAUCAAAUCUACAUUUUGAAAAAUAGUAGUAGAGCAGCUAUACUGGGAGUAAACCUGUGUGUGAAUUGAAAAGACCAAACUAAAAGUUGGUUGAUUUUUAAAAGUAGUGGUAUCUUGAUAGUCGCACAAGGCCACCAUGUAUCCUUUUAAAAUAAUUAUUUGAUACCAUCACUGCUGUUUAGACUCAUUGCUACCUCUUAGCUAUGUCUGUCUAUAUGAACAAACAGUUGGUAAAUGUAAUAUGAUUAUGUCACUGUAAUGUGGACAGUUGCCAUGUUGGUGAAUAAUCCCCCAUGACCUCUUCUGACUCGUCUGUAACGUUCUGUCCAAAACAGAAACAGAUUGCAGUUGAGUCAUCCUGCCACACGAGGGGGCAGCUGUCAUUUUGUCUCCUGCAGGUGGACAGCUGGAAAAAAGUCACUUCUGAGGGGUAUUAGUUGCCAAUUUAUGUUAAUGCUACGGCUGGGUAUCCCUUAACAUGGCGUUGUGGGAGGAAGGGGCUGCUACCAUGUCAGGAUUUCUACAUCAACUGGCCUGACUUUAUGACCCCGCAUGUUAAACCAUUUUGGAGGAGACUAAGCAACUAGAGAACACUGUUCUGCCAGAGCGGAUCUGCAGAGUGGAAGCCGGACAGGAGGAGUUGACAGUGAAACACUCAACUAGUGACCUCUUGUGGCCAUAUUAAAUUACAUCAAAAUCAAUUCCUCACUAGGCUACAGUAACAGUACACGAUUGAGGACAAUUACAAUAUUGUCCUAAUUUUGAGUGGAGCUCUAUUGACAAUCACAAAUCCAAUACUGGAUCUAUAUUGUUAACCAAAAAACGAACACUUUCAAAGAUGGCUGUCCCUGUAGACUUCAGUCAAAGUGUUUAUUAAGCUGUAGAGUAGUAGGUUAACAGGUCGUUCCACGAAGAGUGCCUUUUGCGUCCAUUUUAUAUUUACGGGUUCAAGCAGCGAAGCUGGGUGAAAUCCUAUUGUAUUUGUUGGCAUUCAUUAUUCUGGUUCUCCACAGAUUUGGUGAAAAAUUAUAAUUCCUGUGAGAUGGUAAGGCCUAGAAGGGUGCAACUUGGCAUGAUGGUGAAGGCCCACGGUCCACAGCCUCUCAUGCGAUGCCAUGCCGUUUGGCCAGAUGGUGGCGCUAUAACAAGCAAUUUAAAGCAAACUUUGAAAGGUCAUGCCCCUCACCCCGUUUGACCUAGAGUCAUAAAAUUCGGUACAUAGAUCCCUCUCCUCACAAGGAACAAAUUUGCCUCAUGGACCCAUAAGGUCUGCCAAGAUGGAUCUUCUGCCAUUAAACAUUUUGUGAAAGGCACUUAAAACAGUACUAUUCUGUCACUGAAUGACCGAUCUACACCAAACUUAACAUAUAGCAUCUGUGGACCAAAGUCUCUCAACACAAUAUUUUCCAGGUUAGCAUCUCAAACAACAUGGCCACUGCAUAUGAAUAACCACUCACACGGGCGUGGUCGAGCACACAAAUGCAUAUAAGUCACACACAGAUAUAACAACAUUUGAUACACAUGUUCCAAACAGUGUGAAGACUCAACAUAUGCAAGUACUUUCAGAUCGAUCACACGAUGGCGCUAUAACUGGCACAUGUUUAUAUCUCUUGAUCGGUUUGACUCCGAGUGAUUAAAUUUGGCACACAUGUUCGAUGAUGUGUCUCGUUAACCUGUAGAGUGUCUUUCAGUUUGGCCUUUUGGUGGCGAUGUUAGACAUAACAUUUUAAAAAUCAUACAAACUCAUUGGUUUGUAGCAGCCAUCUUGGUUGAGCUAGAAUAUUGGAAGAUAUUGUGUUUAAAGACAUGCAUCCAUAGAUUCAACAUACCAAAUUAGGUCCAGCGGUUCUGAAAAAUAAGAUGUAUAAAGUAGUCAACAUCAUAACAUAUUAAAUGAAGUGCCCUUAAAUAUAGACCACAUAGAGAAAUCUGUUUUUUAUAGGAAUAAAGACUUGCUUAAGUGCCAAAAUUCAGCAUCUAGAAAAAUGUUAACCCAAUUAACCCCCAAAUUUCUCCAAGUUUUCACCAUCAUUAAGAAGCCCUAGUUAUUUUUUGGCUUUGACAGUCAUUUCUGAAGAUUAUAAUUUAUGUUAUUAGUGAUUCAUUUACGUCUGUCCCUCAUUUGAAGGUCAACCCUGUUACGUGAACUGAACUCUCAUUUUAUUAUGGUGACACUAUUCCUUUUUACAUACGAAAUAAAUAUUGAACAUUAAUAGUAAAAGCAAUGUUAGUAAAAUCAGUGUGAAGGAAAAAGGAAACCGCACAUUUCUCUUGAUAGUGUCACUGAUCUUUAAUAAGCUUACGUAUCGGCCUCACGGCCUUCGUCAGAGCUUUUGUGAGUAAAAUCAGUGGAAAAGCAGGGUUAACUGGUUCUACUCUUUUUGGCUAUUUUCUGGUGUUUUGCGAAGAUGGCGCCGGAGGGUAAGGCUGCCGUCUUAUCGGCUCUUAACCAACCAUGCUAUUUGUUUGUUUUCUCGCAUUGUUUGUAACUUGUUUUGUACAUAAUGUUGCUGCUACCAUCUCUUAUGAUCGAAAAGAGCUUCUGGACAUCAGUACUGGGAUUAUUCACCUCAAAUUAGACAGAGUUUUUCUUCAACGAGUUGGACGCGAAAGAUAUACUACGAACACCCAACCAGGCCCAGAUCCCAGUGAUUCGCUGGAAAAGGAAGCGUAGUUGUCGUGGAAAGAGAGCAGGAUGCCUUGUGAGGAUCAGGCGAAGAGUGGCUAAUGUUCAAUCGCUGGAAAAUAAUUGGGACGAACUGAAAGCACGUAUAUCCUACCAAUUGGACAUUGAAAACUGUAAUAUCUUAUGUUUCACCGAGUCAUGGCUGAACAACGACAUUAAGAACAUACAGCUGGCGGGUUAUACACUAUCGGCAGGAUAGAACAGCAGCCUCUGGUAAGACACGGUGCGCGGGCCCAUACAUAUUUGUAAACAAUAACUGGUGCACAAUAUCUAAGGAAGUCUCAGGGUUUUGCUUGCCUGAGGUAGUGUGGUCUACAGCUUAUCAAGAGAUACUCUAUCUACCUGGAGAGUGUUCAUCUGUAUUUUUCGUAGCUGUCUACAUAGCACCACAGAUCGAGGCUGGCAAUAAAACCGCAUUCAAUGAGCUGUAUUCCGUCACAAGCAAAGCGGAAAACGCUCAUCCAGAGGCGGCACUCUUAGUGGCCGAGGGCGUUAAUGCAGGGAAACUUAAAUCCGUUUUACCUAAUUUCUAUCAGCACGUUAAAUGUGCAACCAGAGGGGGAAAAAAUUCUAGACCACCUUUACUCCACAUACAGAGACUCGUACAAAGCUCUCCCUCGCCUUCCAUUUGGCAAAUCUGACCAUAACUCUAUUCUCCUGAUUCCUGCUUACAAGCUAAAAUUAAAGCAGGAAGCACCAGUGACACGGUCUAAAAAAAUGUGGUCAGAUGAAGCAGAUUGCUAAACUACAGGACUGUUUUGCUAACACAGACUGGAAUACACCACAUCAGUCACUGGCUUUAUCAAUAAGUGCAUCGAGGACGUCGUCCCCACAGUUGAAGUCAGAAGUUUACAUACACUUAGGUUGGAGUCAUUAAAACAAAUUUUUCAACCACUCCACAGAUUUCUUGUUAACAAACUAUAACUAUAGUUUUGGCAAGUCAGAUAGGACAUCUUCUUUGUGCAUGACAUAAGUCAUUUUUCCAACAAUUUUUUACAGACAGAUAAUUUCACUUAUAAUACACAAUUCCAGUGGGUCAAAAUGUACAUACAUUAAGUUGAAUGUGCCUUUAAACAGCUUGGAAAAUUCCAGAAAAUUAUGUCAUGGCUUUAGAAGCUUCUGAUAGGCUAAUUGACAUAAUUUGAGUCAAUUGGAGGUGUACCUGUGGCUGUAUUUCAAGGCCUACCUUUCAAACUCAGUGCCUCUUUGCUUGACAUCAUGGGAAAAUCAAAAUAAAUCAGCCAAGACCUCAGCAAAAAAAUUGGGUCAUCCUUGGGAGCAAUUUCCAAAUGCCUGAAGGUACCACGUUCACCUGUACAAACAAUAGUACGCAAGUAUAAACACCAUGGGACCACGCAGCCGUCAUACCGCUCAGGAAGGAGACUCGUUCUGUCUCCUAGAGAUGAACGUACUUUGGUGCGAAAAGUGCAAAUCAAUCCCAGAACAACAGUAAAGGACCUUGUGAAGAUGCUGGAGAACUGGUACAAAAGCAUCUAUAUCCACAGUUAAACGAGUCCUAUAUCGACAAUCUGAAAGGCCGUAAGGAAGAAGCCACUGCUCCAAAACCGCCAUAAAAAAGCCAGACUACGGUUUGCAACUGCACAUGGGGACAGAGAUUGUACUUUUUGGAGAAAUGUCCUCCUCUGAUGAAAAAAAUAGAACUGUUUGGCCAUAAUGACAAUCAUUAUGUUUGGAGGAAAAAGGGGGUAGCUUGUAAGCAAAAGAACACCAUCCCAACCGUGAAGCACGGGGGUGGCAGCAUCAUGUUGUGGGGGUGCUUUUGUAACGGAUGUGAAAUGGCUAGCUAGUUAGCGGGUACGCGCUAAUAGCGUUUCAAUCGGUUACGUCACUUGCUCUGAGACUUGAAGUAGGGUUUCCCCUUGCUCUGCAAGGGCCACGGCUUUUGUGGAGCGAUGGGUAACGACGCUUUGUGGGUGUCAGUUGUUGAUGUGUGCAGAGGGUCCCUGGUUCGCGUCGGGGCGAGGGGACGGUCUAAAGUUAUACUGUUACACUUUGCUACAGGAGGGGUGGUGCACUUCACAAAAUAGAUGGCAUCAUUAGGAAGUAGAAUUAUGUGGAUAUAUUGAAGCAAUAUCUCAAGACAUUAGUCAUGAAGUUAAAGCUUGGUCGCAAAUGGGUCUUCCAAAUGGACAAUGACCCCAAGCAUACAUCCAAAGUUGUGGCAAAAUGGCUUAAGGACAACAAAGUCAAGGUAAUGGAGUGGCCAUCACAAAGCCCUGACCUCAAUCCUAUAGAAAAUGUGUGGGCAGAACUGAAAAAGCGUGUGCGAGCAAGGAGGCCUACAAACCUGACUCAGUUACACCAACUCUGUCAGGGGGAAUGGGCCAAAAUUCACCCAACUUGUAGUGGGAAGCUGGUGGAAGGCUAUUUGAAACGUUUGACCCAAGUAAAACAAUUUAAAGGCAAUGCUACCAAAUACUAAUUGAGUGUAUGUAAACUUCUGACCCACUGGGAAUGUAAUGAAAGAAAUAAAAGCUGAAAUAAAUCAUUCUCUCUACUAUUAUUCUGACAUUUCACAUUCUUGAAAUAAAGUGGUGAUCCUAACUGA